AUGAACCAGGAACCACUCCCCAAAGUGCCUCAGGAUGAGGGCGAUGAAGGCAGUCGCUCGGUUAUAUAUAUCGAAUACGAAAGUCAAAUCAAACGACUAGUUCGAGACCUCUUCGAUCUCCCCGCCGAUUCUCCUUCAAUCUACUUGGACGCAUCAGGCAUCGGAAACAACAUAUUGGACGAUCUUCACCUGUUCAUUCCGCCUACCAAUACGUUAUACCUUGUUGACUUGAUACGACUUGGCGAUGCCGCAUUCUCAACCGUUGGUAACGGUGAGAUGUCUCUUCGUCUAGUCCUUGAGUCAAAGAGCAUUCCAAAAGUUGGGUUCGAUAUUCGCGACGUGUCUCGACUCUUAUUUCGUCAGUACAACAUAGCACUCGCUGGUAUCUAUGAUAUCCAACUUAUGGAGCUCGCAAGUAGAACGAAGGGACAAUCCAUGAAGUUUCUCGCCGGAUUGGCGAAAUGCAUCGACCGAGAUAUUUCCAAUUCCAACGAUCGAAAGAUUCGUUGGCUCAACCCGGCUCAACCAAGCAACUUGUACGUCCACAACACUGUGGGUCAUGCACCGAAGUGGGUUAUGAGACGAGUAGAGAUGUUCCCUGUCUUAUGGUCAUUUUACAAACAAAAGCUGGAUAGACCGAAAAAGGCAAUGUGGCUUCAUCUCGCGCGACAAGAAUCGGAACAAAGGGUGCACGAGUCGAAGAGGAAUGCUGGAAGUUAUCCAGAGAGGCAGAGUUGGGGGCCAGAGGUUUUCUGGGAUGGCGAGCAGAGGAAAGCUGCUAUUGACGCGUGGAACGAUGGAAAGCUAUUGGACAAAAGCCUAGGAGGAAUUGAAUUUUGUGACGACUAA